GGCUCACCGCGCCAGUAGGACUAUCUAUUCUUCUCCUUAAGAUCCAAUCUGACAGCUACAAAACCUCUCCUCUAAUAUUCGUCACCAUUUUGCUCCACACUAAUCAUCCUUCUCUAUAAAACAUUCUCUUAUAAUAUAAUCUCCUCCAUAUACAUCUUCAAAUCGACAGUCACAUAAGAUCGAUAGUCGCGCGUAUCGCGAACUCGAACUUGAAAUCGAAAUCGAUAUCGUAUAGGUUAACAGUAGUAGAUCGAAGGGUUUUCACACGAUCAGGAUGCCGGCAGACGCUGAGCUCAGUAAUCUGCUUAGCAGGAGGCAAAGGAUCAACGAGGAGUUGGAGGAAGGGAAAGAAGUGAAAAAGCAAUACAAAUUCGUGAACGUUUACACGGAGUUCCACGAGCUGUCCCGUCGCGAGAUCAAGCAGUAUGAGCAGACCUUCAACAGGUUCGACGCGGGUCACGAUGGAUUCUUGGAUUUAUCCGAGUUGAAACGCAUGAUGGAGGUUUUAGGAGCACCGCAGACCCACCUGGGUUUGAAGGCUAUGAUACAGGAAGUGGACGAGGAUGGCGAUGGACGGAUUUCCUUCCGCGAGUUUCUAUUAAUUUACCGCAAAGCACGUGCUGGUGAACUAGAACAGGAUUCUGGGUUGGGCCAGCUUGCACGUCUUACAGAGGUCGACGUGGAUGAAGUAGGAGUAACAGGGGCUAAACACUUCUUCGAGGCCAAGAUCGAGCAGUUACGGAAGGCGAACAAAUUCGAGGAUGAGAUCCGCAUGGAGCAAGAGGAACGAAAGCGGGAAGAGGAGGAAAAAGCGGCGAGACGAGCGCAAUUCAGGCAGAAGGCGGCUCUGUUUGGCAAUUGAAAGGGAAAUUUGUGAAUCGAAAGUGUGCUCCUUCUGUACCUUAGCGGAAUUACAAACGAUUACUUAAAUUCGAUUCACUCUAGUUUCGUAUAGAAAUUCGCCGACCAACAUAAUUGCGUAGAUCGACUAUGGUUUUGCAAUUGUGUGGUGUUGAAAUCGGCGAAAAAGUUUUUUACUCUUAUUUCAAGACUCUGAAUAAAAAAAUAUGAUAAGUCGUAUUAUAUGAUUUUUACACGGAAGCCAUUUUAAAACUUGUUAUAUCGUCAGUCAAUACUUUUUCAUUUUAUUUUGGGAUUAAGUGUGUAUUUUAGACAUUCUCUUGAGUAUUUAAGAAAUAUUAAAGACAUUAAUUAUGCAGACUAGUAAUAAUGAAAGCUAGUUAAAUUAACAUUAUUUCUUUCUUACAGGAUAUUGUCGAUUAAUCACAUAUUUUCAAAAGACAUAACUAUUAAGUUAUUCUCCUUCUCUCAACUGUCUAAUGUUAAAAUACCUCGUCUUAGUUAUCGAGUGGUAUAAAAGUCAGAAAAUGAAUAAAAAUAGACUUAUCAUAUUUUUGUAGUCUCUGUCUAUUUUAAGUUUGCGGAGGAUUUUUAAACAACUGAUAUAGCGAUGCUAUUUUUAAACCAAUUUUAACGUUUGCACAUCGCCAAUACCAAUAAUCACACUUAUGUUUCACUAAAAAAAAAUUUCGAAACAAUCUUUAUAAGAGUCAACAUCGUAGAGAUUAAUAUGAAAUUUGGAAAUGAAAUUCAUUUAGCGAUGUUGUAGCAUCAAAUUUUGGAAAAUGAAAUAUUAAAUGUGAAUCGUCCUCGAAUGGUUUGGCGCUGUGUUAAAGCUUCGAAUUCCGGAGAUGACCUUUUUAAUUAUUUUACUAUGUACGAGAAGUAUUAGCUGUAAAAAUUAAAAACACUUGUUAUAGGUAUGAUUUACAUUUUAUACUCAAAAUACCACGCACUUGAAAUCGUUAAAUAAAUUAGGAAGAGCAAAGGAAAUGCUUUUAUUAGAAAGUUUGUUUGGUUUGAUCAGUUUAGACUAUUCUCGAUAAAGCGGGCUAUAAAUGAUUUUUAACGAAUGCACGACUGAUAUUGGUAUAAGUAUAACGACAUAUUAUAUGUAUAUGUAUGUACAUUAAUUUAUAUGAUAAUUUGAUCUUAUGUGAAGUUAAGACACUCUUCGAGAAAGAGACAUUUCGCAACAUUCGUUUGAUCGAGAAAUCUCUUUUGAUUCUUUCGAAAUCUACGACGUAAUUUUGUGGAAAAUUUUAUGAAAUAUUUUGCUCGUGAGAUUUUAAACUAUCUAUAUAUUUCUACAAAUAUUUAGCUUAGUCGAAAUAUCAAAGAGAGGACAUUUUUUAUCGAUCUAAGUGGUCUUAAUAAUUAUGCAAUAGUAUAUACUUUUAUAAUAUUUUGUUUCAAAUUGAUCAAAAAUAUAAGGCGAUUCCAAAUUAUUUUUAUACGAUUUUUAUAGAUAUGUUUAAGAAACAAAUUAUUGAGAUCAUGUAUAAUUGUUGCGAACUGUACAUACGAAGUAUAUAGUUUAAAUAAGUUUGUAAAAUUAUAAAUUGUAAAUAAACUUUUUGUUCUAAUAAACUUUUUUUAUAUGCUUUGAUUAAUCGCUACGCAGUAAUAAUUGUUAUAGUGUUUUAUCGAUAUUGUGAUUUGUGCAAAUUACAUUAAUCUUGCGGUAUGUUAGCAUAUUGCAAAUUGAUGUAAAAUAAAAAUACUAAUUUACACAAAAUCGAUAUUAAAAAUUUUUAUUACAAUAACACGAACUUCUCUUUCUCGUUUAAAUAUUAACAAAUUAUUCUUUUGAUUCAGGUAAUUUUAAAACUGGCGCCAUUGCUACCCAUAUUUUCUUUUUCUAGUACUAAUAGUGCUACCAACUUGAGAAUCAAAUUUAUUAUUUGUGUACAAAAGUAGAAAACAUUGCUGAAUAAGAAGCACGUAGUAAAUUCCAUUUUUGAAAAGUAAUUACAAAUGUAUAUUUUAAUAUAUUAAAACAAAACAUUACAUCGUUUAUCACAUUGAAAUAACAUUAAUAUCUUCUGUAUUUAAUAUUUAAGUAUUCAAUAAUUACUAAUAUUCUUUAUAUACGUUAUAAUAUAAUAAAAUAAUUUUACUCUAAUUUUAAAACGGUUACAUUGUUUAUUUCGUAGAAAUAAUUAUCUUGCAACAUUAACUCGCUAAUGUUUUGUGUACAUAAUUAAAUUGUUUAUACAUGUUAUUUGUAUCUGAUAUCUUAUCAACGUCUGGCUGUCUUUAUAUAACAUAUGAUAACAGAUUGGAAACAGAAUUUGAAGAUAAGUUUGUAAUAAUGGCAACAAGUCAG